GCUAAAGGAAGUUAAAACUUGCAAAUGACCAAGAAGUUAUUUGUCGUUCAUCCCGGAAGUUAAACCAUCCUCCGUCUUGUAAAAUGACAAUUAAAAUGUUGAUAAAAGCUUGUGUUCUGAUUGUUGUGGAACUUUUAUACUUUUCUGUGGCACAGAAAUCCGAAUGUCAGAAUGGGAACGUGACCGUUUGUUGCACUGGAUUUGUAUCGAAUUCAACGAAGGGACUAACAUGCAAACCUUGCACUAAUUUCCAGUAUGGAGCCAACUGUACCUUGAAAUGCGCAUGUGACCAGAGUAAAUCACUCAGCUGUGACAAUAUCAAUGGAGCGUGUCGAUGUAAGGACGGGUAUACUGGUUCCACCUGUAGUCAAGAGUGUUCGUCAGGGACCUUUGGAGCAGGGUGCAAGUCAAGCUGCACUUGCGUAGCGGGGCAGUUCAAGUCAUGUCACCACAUAACAGGAGCGUGCACGUGCUCGCCAGGUUACACAGGAUCCACAUGCGCACAAAAGUGUUCACCUUUCACGUUUGGAGACGGGUGUAAGUCGUGCACGUGUCUUAAGAACCAAACCAGCACGUGUAACUUUGUCAGUGGGUCAUGCACGUGUUUACCUGGAUACAACGGAACAAACUGUGAAAAAAGUUGCCCAACCAACACGUAUGGUCUUCGGUGUGCAAAGACAUGCACAUGUGAUGAUAAAAAUUCUGCCUCCCCUUGUAGUAAUGUGGAUGGAUCCUGCAACUGCAGGUUAGGAUACGACCCUAAGGCGGAUUGUUCGAGGGAGUGUGCUUUCCCUAACUAUGGAUCUGGGUGCAGUUUGCGUUGUAAAUGUACUACGGGUCACGCCAGUAGCUGCAGUGCCUUUACUGGCGAGUGUGUAUGCCGUCCAGGCUAUGAACCACCUUCGUGUCAAGAUGAUUGUAGCGGGUACACCUAUGGACAAAAUUGUUCCUCCAACUGCACAUGCAAGUCGGAAAAUACACGGAGUUGUGACCCUAAAUCUGGAAUGUGCACGUGCCUGCCGGGUUUUACAGGAGAAAACUGCCAGUUGGAGUGCCCUGAUGGAACGUUCGGGGAUAAGUGUAUGAGCACGUGCAGGUGUAACGAGAACCAGUUUAGGACCUGCCGGAAGUCGGACGGACUGUGUAUUUGUAAACUCGGAUACAAAGGCACAAACUGUUCCACAGAAUGUGAUGAUGACCACUUUGGAUCAGAGUGUUUAGGGCAGUGUCAGUGUCACAUGAAUAAUACCAUUCACUGUGACAAAAAAUCAGGAGCGUGCACAUGCAAAAGUGGGUACGAGUCGGAUGACUGCACUGUGGAAGUGGUGGUUCCACAGCCAGUUUCGUCGUCUCCGGUGGUUUCUAUUGUUAUUGGGCUGGUUGUCGGGGUAGUUGUGAUUGCGUCAGCAGUAGGCGUGGUACUUUUUGUUAUUACGUCUAAAAGGAAAAGACUCGUCAAGAACAUUCUCAAAGCAGAAUCUAACGGCAUUUCCACCACAAAUCAGACCUACACUCCUAGCGUAACGGAGGACCCUCUGUACGAAAAUGCCUUUGGGAAUAACGGAAAUCAAUCUGACGUCAACAUUUACGAUAAUAACAUCCGAAAAGAAUCCGGCGUAGCACUUUAUGGCAAUGUUGCCGUCAUAAAUACGGCGGCUGAAUCUCAUGUUGUUGGGAAUGAAUAUGAGAGUCUGGCGCUGAAGCCUUCAUAUAACGAUGAUAAGGACACAAAUAUGUACGAAUCUUUGAGGAAAACAAGCGAGCCCGACACAUCUUUGUACACAGGACUUAAAAACACAGAACAAAUAGACAAAGUCGCUACAAAAAGAAAAGUAUCAAAGGGAGUCUCGAAGAGAGGGAAACCGCUGGAGUAAAAAAUUGGUUGCAAUAUAGAACUGUGUUAUAUUUCAAUUUUGACAUACCUUGUGUCAUUGAUUGACAAUAUUUUAUUGCUGUGUGGAUGAAAUGAACAUGUAUGAAAAAGGUGAAGAUUACGAACAGUGAUCAAUCAAAAAAAAAAUCUAUAAACCAUACAAAUCUGUAAAGAGGGCAUAAAACACGGACCCCUGGAAAUCCCAGAGGUCGGAUCGGGUGUCUAGAAGGAGAAAGGAUCCCCUGUUGAUCGGUCACACCCGUCGUGAGCCCUAUAUAUAUUGAUCAGGUAGGACGGAACAUUCCGUAGUCAAAUUAAGUAUAAAAACAAAGGCCUAACAAUUGGUAUGAAACAAGUCAGCUAAAAUACGACGCAACGAUAGGUUAUAUUUGUUAAUAAGGUCAUUAUAACGACCAUAGAAUUUAGGAAAUUUUAGGGAUUUUAAACGAGGUUGUUGAAGUCCCUGUAACAUCAACUUAUCUGUCAGUAGCUUGCCUUGGUUUAAAAAUUGAUCGUACUCGGAGCAUGUUCUUGAGUAUCGAAUAAGUUGAAGAUAAAAACACCAUAUGCAGGUGAUAGCGGGAUAUUACUACAUAAAUAAGGUAAUUUGACGUUGGAGAAGCUGAAGUCAUUUCGUUUAUCAUACAAUUUAGCUGUUAGUGGGUCCUUAUCGUUUAUAAUCAGUAAAACAUCCAAAUAUGAAACAGAUGUGACAGAUUAUAUGGUGUAUUUUAUUUCAAGUUCUCUGGGAUAUCGAGUCGACAUAUGAAUGGAAGUUAUCAUUGUUAAUUGAUAAUACAUCUUCAAUAUAUUUAAAUGUCGAGUUGAAGGCCUAUAUGUCGAGUUGAAGGCCACCACAAGUGUUUUCUUCUCAUGUAGAAGUUUUUGAAUAAAUUCUGCUUCAUAGGAAUAUUAAAACAAGUCGACUAAUACCAGUACGUAUUAAAAUACAGUUUGUUUACAGUGUUUUGUAGAAACAGUUUCAGGCUAGAUUUUCCCAGAUUGCCUCUAUGUUUUUAUGACUAAAAUAUCAGGAAAGAGGAACUCCUUAUAAAGGAUGCGGUCUUAUCUGUAAGAAAUGUUCCUCAAUGAACGAAGUGGAGUUCCUGGAUUUUAUCAAAUAUGAAAAUUUUAAGUCUUAUUUAGUAAGAAAUGCUCCUCAAUGCACGAAGUGGAGUUCCUGAAUUUUAUCAAAUAUGAAAAUUUUAAAUCUUAUCUAGUAAGAAAUGCUCCUCAAUGCAUGAAGUGGAGUUCCUGA